CGUUUUAAUAUUGAAAACGAUUGGAACUUAAUACUUGCAACAUAAAUUUUGUAAUUGACGGGAUUUGUGAGACUUUCCAUGGAUGAAAACACAUUACCUGAGCAAGCACCGAUUUUUUUUCACUGGCACAGAAAUUGCAUCGUUUUCUGCUAGAGAUUUUCUGAAUCAGUUUCCAACUUCUUCUCCUAACGUUCAAAUUUGUGUUAAUAAAUACAAAUCUCGUGGAAAAACUUGGGAAUUUAAGCACGGAGAUCGGUUUCAAUCGCUAGAAAUCGAAACCUAUAUUGAGCUCUAAAUCCUCGAAGAUAUGGCAGCGGUAGAAAUAGAAACCAUGGCAAUACCAGUGCACGCCAAACCAAAGAAAAAACCCACGCCUGGUCGUGGCGGCGUGCUUUCGCACCAGUUAACAGAGGAAGAAGCGAGGGUUAGAGCCAUAGCAGAAAUAGUAGGAGCCAUGGUGGAAGGAUGCCGCAAGGGCGAGGACGUGGACCUCAACGCUGUGAAAGCGAAUGCCUGCAGGCGCUACGGCUUAUCCAGGGCACCGAAGUUGGUCGAAAUGAUUGCUGCUUUGCCAGAGAACGACAGGGCGAUGGUGCUACCCAAGCUUAGGGCGAAGCCCGUGCGCACUGCUUCCGGCAUUGCCGUUGUCGCCGUCAUGUCGAAACCCCAUCGCUGCCCUCACAUUGCCACCACUGGAAAUAUUUGUGUUUACUGCCCCGGCGGACCUGAUUCGGAUUUCGAGUACAGCACGCAGUCUUACACGGGCUACGAGCCUACCAGUAUGCGUGCCAUUCGAGCCAGAUAUAAUCCGUAUGUUCAGGCAAGGGGUCGGAUAGAUCAACUGAAGCGAUUAGGUCAUAGUGUGGACAAGGUGGAGUUCAUUUUGAUGGGAGGUACUUUCAUGUCUUUGCCAGCUGACUAUCGUGAUUAUUUUAUACGAAAUCUCCAUGAUGCUUUAUCUGGUCACACCUCAUCAAAUGUGGAGGAAGCUGUGCAUUAUUCAGAACAUGGUGCUACCAAAUGUAUUGGCUUGACCAUUGAAACGAGGCCUGAUUACUGUCUUGGACCUCAUCUACGACAAAUGUUAUCUUAUGGAUGCACACGACUGGAAAUCGGAGUCCAGAGCACUUAUGAGGAUGUUGCCCGUGACACCAACAGGGGUCACACUGUAGCUGCAGUAACUGAUUGCUUUUGCUUGGCCAAAGAUGCUGGUUUCAAGGUGGUUGCACAUAUGAUGCCCGACCUGCCAAAUGUUGGUGUGGAGCGAGAUAUGGAGAGCUUCAGAGAGUUCUUUGAGAAUCCUUCUUUCAGGGCUGAUGGCCUUAAGAUUUACCCUACUUUAGUGAUUCGUGGAACUGGACUCUAUGAACUCUGGAAAACUGGCAGGUAUCGGAAUUACCCUCCAGAACAGCUUGUGGACAUAAUUGCAAGGGUGUUAGCUCUAGUACCACCUUGGACUCGGGUCUACCGUGUCCAAAGGGAUAUUCCAAUGCCUCUUGUAACUUCUGGUGUAGAAAAGGGUAAUCUUAGGGAAUUAGCUUUGGCACGUAUGGAUGACUUGGGAUUGAAAUGCCGCGAUGUUAGAACUCGUGAGGCUGGUAUUCAGGAUAUUCAUCAUAAAAUAAGACCAGAGGAAGUAGAGCUUGUACGCUGUGACUAUGCUGCAAAUGAAGGCUGGGAAACAUUCCUUUCAUAUGAGGAUAUACGGCAGGAUAUUUUAGUUGGUUUAUUGCGCUUGAGAAAAUGUGGCUGCAAUACAAUGUGCCCGGAGCUAAAGGGUAGGUGCUCGAUUGUUCGUGAACUUCAUGUUUAUGGGACUGCUGUGCCAGUUCAUGGACGUGAGGCUGACAAAUUGCAACAUCAGGGUUAUGGGACACUUCUUAUGGAAGAAGCUGAGAGGAUUUCACGGAAAGAACAUAGAUCAACAAAACUAGCUGUGAUAUCAGGUGUAGGAACAAGACAUUAUUAUCGAAAGCUUGGUUACGAGCUUGAAGGCCCGUACAUGGUAAAAUGUCUUAACUAAUAGGUUACAAGGAUUCAAUCUGUACCAUAUUCUCAGUUACGAUUUGUUAGGAGCAAUCUACUAUGCUCAGGCAUGGAGCACUACCUUGUUAAGUGCUUUAAUCAUUUUUGUGUACUGUUCCAAUUAAGCGCAUGGCCAGUUAUAGUACUAGGAACAGCCAAUAAUUUGCUGGGCUGCAAGUUGUAAUUGUAUCAAAAAAGUUACACAAUCUCGGUUUCUGGCACUGGUGGUCUUUUUUGCUUAAAUAUCUCUUGUAAUAUGUCUGGUUAUUCGGUGGCUUUUAGUGUCAUUUAAUUUUCAAUUUGUUUAUAAUUAAUGUAUUCAGAACGUUUUUUGGAUAAAUAAUAGAUUUCACAUUUUCAUGUU